UUGGUCGACCAGUUGGACGAUCAGUUGGUCGAUCAGUUGGUCGACCAGUUGGACGAUCAGUUGGACGAUCAGUUGGUCGAACAGUUGGUCGACCAGUUGGACGAUCAGUUGGACGAUCAGUUGGACGAUCAGUUGGUCGAUCAGUUGGACGAUCAGUUGGUCGACCAGUUGGACGAUCAGUUGGUCGACCAGUUGGACGAUCAGUUGGUCGACCAGUUGGACGAUCAGUUGGUCGACCAGUUGGUCGAUCAGUUGGUCGAUCAGUUGGUCAAUCAGUUGGACGAUCAGUUGGUCGAUCAGUUGGACGAUCAGUUGGACGAUCAGUUGGUCGAUCAGUUGGACGAUCAGUUGGUCGACCAGUUGGACGAUCAGUUGGUCGACCAGUUGGACGAUCAGUUGGUCGACCAGUUGGUCGAUCAGUUGGUCGAUCAGUUGGUCAAUCAGUUGGACGAUCAGUUGGUCGACCAGUUGGACGAUCAGUUGGACGAUCAGUUGGUCGAUCAGUUGGACGAUCAGUUGGUCGAUCAGUUGAUCGAUUGA